ACCAGGAUGCGCUUCGCUGUUAUCGCGAGAUCUUUAACGCGCUCUUGCUCAUUCCGCUGAUAUCGCGAGACUGGAGUGACUUGCGUGAAAUUAUCCGGUGUCGGUCUCCGAGGCUAACCAGCUACCAUGGGGAACAUUUUUGGCAACCUUUUGAAGAGCCUCAUUGGGAAAAAGGAGAUGCGGAUUUUGAUGGUUGGGCUGGAUGCAGCUGGGAAAACCACAAUCCUGUACAAACUGAAGCUGGGAGAGAUAGUGACUACCAUUCCUACUAUUGGUUUUAAUGUAGAGACUGUUGAGUACAAAAAUAUCAGUUUUACAGUGUGGGAUGUUGGUGGCCAGGACAAAAUCCGACCUCUGUGGCGUCACUACUUCCAGAACACACAAGGUCUGAUCUUUGUGGUGGACAGCAAUGACCGUGAGCGAGUGAAUGAAGCCAGAGAAGAGCUGAUGAGGAUGCUGGCUGAGGAUGAACUGAGAGACGCUGUACUCCUCGUCUUUGCCAACAAGCAGGAUCUGCCAAAUGCAAUGAAUGCUGCAGAAAUCACAGAUAAGCUGGGUCUCCACUCCCUGCGCCAUCGUAACUGGUACAUCCAGGCCACUUGUGCCACCAGUGGAGACGGCCUGUAUGAGGGUCUGGACUGGCUGGCCAACCAGCUCAAGAACAAGAAAUGAGGCAGGCUGGAUCCAAGUGGAACCGGUGGGAGAGGAGUCACCUGAGUGACAGCUCGUCAGGGAGCACCAGUGGUUUCCAAGUUUCUUUCAUUCUGUUUACAAGUUGAGACCAACGGGAGUCGGGUCAUCUCAGACAGUGUAACCCCUCGCUACGCCCCACAUAACAGAUCCGUGAGAUGAUUGGGGUAGCACUAGCACCCGUGAUUCAUAUUCAUAUUUACUAGUGAAUAUAGACAUGUUUUACUAUUCUUAUGUGAUUUAAACAUUUCUUGCGUCUGUACACUGUAAAUGUAUAAAAGACAGGAAGUGAGUGAAAAGCUUUUACUUAUUAUUACUACUAUGGAAUAUGGAGGUAACGCUUAAAUGCAGGUCAUUUAAACUAUAUUAACUGCACUGAUAGUUGAGAAACCUGUUGAUUCAGUUUCCUGAAAUAUUUAAAUAAAAUCAAGUGAAAUAAUAUUCAGAAAACAAUGGAGAAACAUGUUGUGGUUUUUGCUAUAGUGUUGUUGUUUUGCUACUGAAAAUGAAAUAGAAAUGCAUUGUGAUUUAUUAUCAGCAUAUCAGCCAGACUUCAUGACUGUCCGUGUUACAGAGCGGUGGUGAUGCUCUUACUGCAUGUAUCCACACGAUAACCAGUGUCUCUGCACAGGUUGCUGAGCAAGCUUUGGUUUGUAAAUAGAUACAGGAGCCGACUGUGGAUCUCUCGUCUUGGCAUGCGUACUUCGCAACGACUAAAUAUCACAGUGUUUGUGUACAAGAACUAUUUAUUUUGAGUAACUGUUCUGUUGUGUCGCUAAAUGCAUUUGUUUCACAGAUUUGUUUCACUUGCACGCUGUUCGUCUGUGUCGUGACAUGCUCAUUGAAUGUGUCAGCAGCACUUGUGUUGCGUUUAUGUUAUAGUGACUUUUUGCUAGUGUUGCAUGAGCAGAUCUGAGGAGAAGAACAAGGGUAGAUCUCUAUAGUCAUGUGACUGGAGUAGCUGAUUAAAAAGCAUUUGGUUCGCACAAAUGCUGAAAAGAGUGACUUUACUAGACACGGGUACUCAAAUAUGGUUGUGUGUGUACGCUCAUGAAUGACUAAGUGUGUUUAUAUAUUUUGCACGCUUAAUAAAGUAUGCACUUAGAUAA